UUUCCAUAUGCGUGUCGGACUCGGUGUAGCACUUGUACUCCCUUCUCACCCACUUUGAAAACCCGAUCGCGGCUCGCAACAGCCUGUGGAAGUCAUUGGAUUUCUUGUAAUAUCACUCAUUCCCUUCGCCAUCUCAGUACUUCACCCCAACUAAUGAGGAAACCGCGAAAUCUGUAUACUUUCUAAAACCCCAAAAGGUUUGCUCUUUCAGUUUAACUACAAUGGCGAAGAAAUUCGUCAGAGACGACGUGCCACUUUCAAGAUUUGGAGUAUUGGUGGCGCAGUUGGAAUCUAUAGUGGCCUCAGCUGCACACAAGUCUCCUGACCCUCUCCUCUGUUUUGAUCUUCUCUCUGAUCUCAUCUCCGCCAUUGAUGAAGAAUCCAAGGAAUGUAUACUGCUGUGGCAAAGGAAAUGUGAGGAUGCACUUUAUUCUCUACUUGUGCUUGGCGCAAGGAAGCCGGUGCGUCAUUUGGCCUCAGUGGCAAUGGCAAGGAUUAUACAAAAGGGUGACAGUAUUUCAAUAUACUCUAGGGCUAGCAGUUUGCAGGGAUUUCUCUCCGAUGGAAAGAAAAGUGAGCCUCAGCGAAUUGCAGGUGCUGCUGAGUGUUUGGGAGAAUUGUAUCGCUAUUUUGGUAGACGAAUCACUUCAGGCUUACUUGAAACAACCACAAUUGUCACAAAACUACUGAAGUUCAAUGAGGGCUUUGUUAGAGAAGAAGCUUUACAGAUGCUUCAAAAUGCUUUAGAAGGCUGUGGGGGCGCUGCUGCUGCCUCAGCGUAUACUGAUGCAUUUCGUAUCAUUAUGCGUAUCGGUAUCGUGGACAAAUCAUCUAUUGUUAGAGUAGCUGCAGCUAGAUGUCUAAAAGCGUUUGCGAACAUCGGAGGGCCGGGAUUAGGGGUUGGAGAACUUGAUAAUGCUUCUUCUUCUUGUGUCAAGGCCCUUGAAGACCCUAUAUCGUCAGUAAGGGAUGCAUUUGCAGAAGCUCUGGGAGCAUUGCUUGGUCUUGGGAUGAAUCCUGAUGCACAGGUACAACCAAGGGGUAAAAGUCAUUUUACUCCCAAGAAACUUGAUGGGGGUUUGGAGAGACACUUAACUUUGCCAUUUGUAAAAGCUAGUGGGCCUCGGGUGAAAGUUCUGCGCGUUGGCCUAACCUUGUCAUGGGUUUCUUUUCUCCAGGCCAUUCGCUUGAAGUAUCUUCAGCCUGAUACUGAGCUUGAAAAGUACAUCUUUCAAGUGAUGGACAUGCUUCGUGCUGAUAGUCUGUUUGAUGCUCAAGCACUGGCAUGCAUUUUAUACAUCCUUCGAGUGGGUAUAACUGACCAAAUGAGCGAACCUACUCAGAGAGGCCUUUUAGUUCCUUUGGGCAAACAGCUUCAAUCUCCUGAUGCUACUCCAUCCAUGCGGGUUGCUGCUUUGCGUACCAUGUCGUAUGCUUUGAAAACACUAGGGGAGGUUCCGGCUGAAUUUAAGGAAGUUCUUGAUAACACAGUUGUUGCUGCAGUUUCGCAUCAUGCACCAUUGGUGCGCAUUGAGGCCGCUUUGACCUUGCGUGCGUUAGCUGAGGUUGAUCCUACAUGUAUUGGUGGUUUGAUUUCUUAUGCAAUAACGAUGCUUGGAGCAGUUAGAGAAAAUAUUUCAUUUGAAAAGGUAAAGCCAAGAUAGAUACUUGGCUCAUUUUUCUAGUUUGUCCUGGCUCUAUUAGCUGGGUUCAUCAUGAUGUAUCCUGUUCAACAUUUUUAUCUAAUCGUUCUAAACUACAUCUCUUGGUGGAAAUAGGUCAUGUUUGUCUUGUCAAACUGUUAUUAUGGACCAUAAACAAGUCAACUAACCACAUAACUACAUUUAAGGACAAUGGUCUCCAAUUUUCUGGAAAUGUAACUUAGGUUGGAUUGUCUCUUUUGCUUAACAAUGAACUCUUGAUUCACCUAUUAAUUAUUGUGCUUUCGCUUAUACAUCCUGUGCUUCUUUUUUUAUGACAUUGUUUUUAUUUGGGAUGCUCCUACAUGUUUGACACUAUUCCAUUGGUAGUAUUAUUUUACGUAAAAUUUUACAACUUUCAUGUUCAGAUUCAUUUAACUAUUUGAAUUUUGUACUUUGACGGUGAUAUUUUCUCAAUCAAGCAAUCUUUUCCAUUUAAAUACCUUCAUAUAUAUAAUGAAAAGGAGGGAAUCUUUAUACCCUUAUUACCAAGGGAGAGAUCAUAAAAGUUAACUUUUUACUGAAGAGUAAAAAAGUGCUCUCAGGCACAGAUUCCAAAGAUGCUCUCUUUCCUACUUACUAGGAUUGCAGAGAUCCUCUUCCGGCGUACUUUCUUGCCGGAAUUUUUCUUUCUUUUUAUUUUCCUAAAAUUCAGUGAUCACCUACUGUGGUCACUGGGUAAAAAACUUUGUUUUUUAUAUAGAUAAUAUUAGUCCUUGACUACCCGAUCUAGCGAGAAAUGCCUACAAUGAAGGAGAACAUCAUAUACUUUGCAGUGAGAUUCAAGUCUUACGAAAUAGAGAGGCACUCAACCAAUGCUGAAGAAUGGUUUGAGUGGACAGAACGAGGAAAGAACUUAAUCAGAAGGACUACUUUCAACAGAAAGACGAUGGUGUGGCUAUGCGAAAAUCUAAGGAAGCCUCAAGGGUGAAAGGGAACUAUGUGAAAAGAUAGAAGAGCAGAGACCAAUUCUCAGAGACAUUCUGUGCGAGAAACUUAACAGAUACGGUCGUUAUAUUACCAUAAUCAGGGUCCAAGGCAGGGGGAGAUCAGUUAUUAUUGUUCCAGAGGCGCUUUCAACUCAGGUUGGUUGGAUAUUGCAACAAAAAUAGAAAGGUUUAUAAAUAGUGGGGUAAGGAUGAAUGCCUUUAAUGCUCAUAAUGUGGUUGAAGAAGGACUGCUGUAUUCAAACACUGUCAGAAAUUAUAUAUGGGCAAAUAGAGAAAUGAAUGAAGUGGAAAUCCAACAAGAUGGAGACAUUAUUCGCAUAACUGGAAACCAAACACACAAUGAAGUGCUAGGCAGAUGUUUGGUGGGACUCAUCUCAGAAGGAAGCUCAGAAAUUGUGACGCUAUCGGAAGUGCGCAAAUGGGCAGCAAAUUCAUGGAAGCAAGCAAAUGGAAUCAACAUUUAUGAGAUGACCAAAACAUGUUUCUUUUCGAAUUCCCUUCAAAAGCAACCACUGACCAUGUCCUAAAAAUUGACUGAAACUGGAAGAAGUAAAAAGUCAAGCUUCAAUGGUGGAACCCAAUAGUGGGACGGUUCCAAGAAAUAAAAGGAUAAAUCAUGCAUGGAUUAGGAUAGUAGGGCUCCCUCUACAUUUAUGGUCUCAAAAAGUUUUCAAAGAAGUUGGUGAAGUCUAUGGUGGAUGGAUGGAAACGGAAGAGGAAACGGAACUAAAGAAUCACUUAAAAUGGGCAAGAAUAAAAGUGAGAGGAGACGGAUCUAUGAUUCCUAAAGCAGUGAAGAUAGAAGUUGAAGGAGUAGUCUUCGAGAUUCAAAUUUGGUGCGAAUCGCCGAUGAGAUGGAGUGAGUUGACUACAAGUGAGGAGGCAGGGGGACUGGGAAUCAAAAACUUGAGAGUGCAGAACCAGAGCUUGAUGAUGAAGUGGCUAUGGAAAUUGGCGGCAGAUGAACAAACGUUGUGGACAGAGGUAGUUAGGGAGAAAUAUGGAAAGGGAGGAAAUUGGACAACCAAGUCAGUGAGAAGUCCAUACGAUGUUAGUUUGUGGAGAUCAAUCAGGAACCUGUGACCAAAAGUGAUCAACAAAUCAAAGUUCAAAGUAGGAAAUGGCAGGAAAAUUUCACUGUGGAAUGACAAUUGGCAAGGACAAGAAACUUUGAAGGGACUCUUCCCUGACAUAUAUGCCUUGAAUCAGCAACAACAAGCAAUAUUAGAAGAGGUGUGGACAGAUCAGGUUGGAACCUCACUUUCAGAAGAAUGCUAAAUGACUGGGAGAUUGACAGAGUGAUUGAGUUUUAUAGGACCUUGGAACAGUUCAGUGGGAUCAACUUUAAUCAAGAUCUUAUCAUAUGGCAAGGGAAUAGACAGUGGAAGUUCUUUGUUAAGACUGCUUAUAAGGAAUGCAAUCUAUCCAACAAUCAGAUUGGUUGCUGGCCAUGGAAGAUGAUAUGGAAAGUAAAAAAUUUCAUACAAGGUUGCUUGCUUUACUUGGUUAUUGGCAAAAGAAGCAGUAUUAACACAAGACAACUUAACAAAAAGAGGAUUCCAAUUGUGCUCUAGGUGCUACUUAUGUGGAGAGAAGGCACAGACAAUUAGCUAUCUUUUUUUGCAUUGCAAAUUCACUAUACAGAUAUGGAGAAUUUUCAUCAGCUUAAGGGGAAUUCCAUGGGCAAUGCCGGGAAGAAUCCUUGAUAUUCUAGCUAGCUGGAAUAAAGAGGGCACACUUUCUAGAGACAAAAAGAGAUGGAGAAUUGUCCCGACUUGCAUAUGGUGGACAAUCUGGGAAAAGAGGAAUCAAAGAUGUUUUGAAGAUAAGUCGAGUAACAUCCAGAAGAUAAAGAUGAAAUGUUUACCUCUUUUUUAUUUUUGGUGUAAAGGAAAGCUCUUGGAGGAUCAUGAAUCCAUUUUAAAUGUCCUAGAUACCUUGUGAGAUGAUCAAGGGUUAUAAGUGUAUUUUCUGUUUUGUUUUGUAUGGGCACUUCCAUUGUAAUUAUGGGUGACUUCACA